UUAAAUUGCCGUAAAGAUAAUUUGUGAAGGGCUUUUGUUAACUUUCUUUUCGAUAAUGAUGAAAAAGCGGCUUCUUCUUGAAAAACAUACCCACAUCAAGACCAGAGUGCAAAAAAAAUACCCUAUUUAUGACCAAACUCGCCUAAAUCGAUAUCCUAUUUAUGACUAGAUGGCUGAAAAACCAUAUCCUUUGGGGCCGCACAUACCUAUAUAACCCAUAUAGGAAAGUACAGCCCCGGGUGUUGCAGAUGCUUCCUACAAGAGGUAAAUUUCCGUCUGUAACGCGGCUAAACCUCCUCGGCCCUCUGCGCCACUACUAGCUACCGCCAAAGAGAAGAACUCGGAAAUGAGACUCAGCUGCCUGGUGGAAGCAGCACAAAGAUUUGGGCCAAAAAACGCUUGGGCCAAACGAGAGUAGACAGUUCAUCACAAAGUAACUCCCGUUGUGUUGCCGAUGGCUUGAAUCUGUUGAUCUUCAUUUUCCGAGCAUUAACAGCGACCAUACUCUUGAUCAGUAACCCGAGUGCGUCCCGAGACAACCCGAGAUAAGACUUGUGGUUAGCUUUAUCUUUUAACAAAUCUUUAUUGAGUGUUAUUUAAAAUUGAUAUUUCUGCGGGGCGUGAACAACAAACAGGUUGUUUCACUCACGCACCUCGGAAGCGUGACUUAAUCGUGACUGUCUCCUGACUUCCGUCAAACUCAGAAACAAAAGACAUUGAUGUUGUCUUGCGUGACACAGUAGUUGUAGUUGCCGUCAUGAACAUCAAUGGAAGAGGUUUCAAUUCAUCACCAAACACCAGACAUAAUCAUUGCACGGAAAGUUCGCGAUGAAUCCUUUUUCGCUGGAACACACUGUCGUUCAAGCUGUGAAGAGUCGGUGAAUGUAAAGACCUACUUGCGCACUGUGCAGAGAAAAGUUUCUUCGUGUACGUGUCUGACGGUGAAUGGUUUUUGUUCUUUCAUUAACCGGCUCGCUCCCGUUCUUCGCUGGUUACCGAAAUACAACUGGAAAAAAGAUUUAUUGCCUGAUAUAACCGGCGGAGUUACAGUGGGAAUUAUGCAUAUUCCUCUAGGACUCGCGUUCGCUAUGUUGGCUUCCCUUCCUCCUGUGACGGGACUUUACACCGCUCUCAUCCCAGUGUUGGUUUAUAUGAUCAUGGGUACAUCACGGCAUUUGUCUGUAGGUAGUUUUGCGGUCAUUUGUUUGAUGGUGGCGCAGGUGGUCGAACGUGAAGUAGGUUCUCUGCCUUUAGAGCCGAGUCCUACUCCUGGAAAUUCUUCGAUGUCCAGUCCCACCCCAUCGGGUUCUGGUGGUGCCUUAUGGACACCCAUGGACUCAAUGAAACUGGAAGUCGCUGUUUCACUUUCGUUGCUUGUUGGCAUUAUUCAGGUUGUCAUGGGAGCGGCCAAGCUGGGUUUUGUGGCGACGUUCUUGUCAGAUCCACUGAUUAGCGGCUUCACUACAGGAUCAGCGGUGUUGGUGGUAGUCAGUCAAGUAAAACAUAUUCUUGGACUCAAAAUUCCGAAGAUUACUGGACCACUUGCGUCAGUUAAGAUUGUCAUUUUUAUGUUGAAAAAUAUCACCUCAGUGAAUGGUGGAGCCAUCAUCACCGGCGUACUCUGUCUUGGGGUGUUGAUUGGACUAAAACAAGUGAAUGAAAGAUGCAGGAACAGACUGAAGCUUCCUAUACCGGCAGAACUUCUCGUGGUUAUUGCUGGAACUGCUAUCUCGUAUGGGGCCAAAAUAAAUGCGAAUUUUGCUGUAUCGAUCAUAGGAGAAAUACCAAAGGGGUUACCCCCUCUGAGCGUGCCAUCGUUUUCACGAAUAUCAACAAUAUUCGCCGACGCCUUUGUUAUCGCUGUGGUGAUUUUUGCUACAAACAUCUCGCUGUCGAAGAUGUUUGCUAAGAAGCGUGGCUAUUCAAUCGACCCAAACCAGGAGCUCAUAGCGUACGGAGCAGGAAAUAUUGCAGGCUCAUUCUUUUCUUGUUUUCCAAUUUGUAAUGCUUUGGCGCGGACGGCAGUCCAAGAAAACCUCGCGAACACACAGCUGUGCAGUGUGGUUGUGAUUGCUCUGAUUCUUCUUGUGUUGCUCUUUAUCGCGCCGCUUUUCUUCCAUCUUCCCAAGGCCAUCCUUGCUGCUGUGGUGAUUGCUAAUCUCAUUGGCCUCCUCAGACAGUUUUCAAGGUUAAAAGAUUUGUGGAGAAUACAUAAGCCAGAUGCUGUGGUGUGGGUUUUCACUUGUUUUGGUGUGAUACUGUUAGGAGUGGAUGUUGGAUUGGGCGUGGGAGUUAUCUGCGCAUUGUUUGCUGUCGUUUUGUCUCUCUCCAGAUCGAAAUUCUCCAUACUUGGACAACUGAAAGAAACCGAGCUGUACCGUGAUAUUAAGCAAUGUCCUUUGGCCUUCGAGGUCCCUGGAGUGAAGGUGCUGAGAUUGGAGUCCCCUCUUUACUUUGGGAACGCGGAGCGCUUCAGAAAUGCGCUUAUUGCUACUGCUGGCCUGGAUCCCAGCACUCAACAGCAACCGCGAAAAGAGGUCAAACCCGACAGCAAUGAAUUCGACGAGCAAGUGGAGCUAAUUGACAAUGAAAAUGAGCCUGACCAUAGCUAUAAUGGAAAUGCCCCUAACGGAAAGCUGACGCCUGCCGAACCCAUCGCAGAUGCUUGUUCAGUUGAUGAGCCACAGGAUGGUGUUCACACUGUAGUUAUUGACUGUAGCGGCUUUACGUUCAUCGAUUCCGUGGGAUUACACGUGCUACCAGCGCUCGUUUCUGAGUUUAAGAGAGCUGGAAUCCAUAUAUACUUGGCGGGCUGUUCAUGGAACCUAAUCAAGAGGCUUGAAAAUUCUUCUGGGAAAGCCGCCAUAGAUGCAAUUCCACGUCACGUGAUGUUUCCAUCAAUACACGACGCUGUAAUAUCUGCCGUACGAGCGCGUGACCAUGCGAUUUGGUCGGAAGAUCUGGAGAAAGAGACGUGUUUGUGAUUUUUCUCUUGAUUGACCCAUCUGACGCACGUUUUUCCUCUCCCAUGGUGGAUUUGCUCGGAUCAUUCCUCUUCAUCUGCAAAACUCAAGCUGCACUGCAAUUGACACUCAAAGGCUGCGAACCUGCUCUGAUAAAUGUCAUAAAGCAUCAAUGAUAUCCAUAAAGAUGGAAAAAAGCUCCUUUGAGAAAGUAUUUUCCUCAAUCGUGUGAACAGACCCCUCUUAUAUCAAGCAUUGAGUGCAACCCCCCCCCCUCCCCUCCCCAACCCCUCCGGCCACUGACUAAGGAGACUUUUAGUAAACAAUCAUGUUUUACCAUGGCGCCAAAAGGCAAAGGUUUUCCUUCCUUGUUUUCUUCCUCAAAAAACUCAGAAAGCACGAAUAGAAAAAUGUUGCCAUCAAAACUGCAGGAAACUGAGUUAGAGAACAGUAGCCAACUUUUGUAUUCUCAUCGCUUGAGUCGAAUUUGUAUAAAUGGAAAGUUUUCGUUGGUGUACAUUUUUAUCUUGUUAAUACACUCACAAACAAUAUUUUAUUUAUUUUUUCAAUAAAGUGGGAAAACAAAUUUGUAAAGAAAUGUUUCCUAGCUAGUUGUUAUAUAGAAAUUGCACUGUGCAAUAAAAAAAACCAAAACAAAAUCCACUUUUUAGAAUGUGUCGAAGUUUAUUAUUGUUGAUAUCAUGUCCAAAUAGGUGGUAUGGUAAAUAUCUUAACCCCAGUUAUUCAUAAUCUGGCUAUUGUUGGUAUUAAUGCUUUGACUUUGAAUGUCAAAAGUGCCAGGAAAAGGAUAUACAAUCCCCGCCUGAAUACAGACAGUCCUCUGGGGGGUACAGCCAACAACCGAAGUGAAUCUCGCACCCUAUGGAAUUGACACCUUUCAACGACUUUGAUACCCACAUUACAGAACAAAGAAACAAACAAACACAAAUGGUAUCAGCGUUCAAGGUUCCAAAGGGUGAGACCAAAGUAUGGGCCAUUGCCACUGCAACCGUACCUCGGGACGUGAAAGUAAACAAGCACCAAGUGGAGUGCGCGAAGCUCUUCACCCAGCUUGGGAUCACGUGAUGUGGUGCAUCUUCUUCUACGAAAUUGUUUUCUGUGUCUUGUGGUUUUGGUAUUAUUCUCUGAUAUUUUUUUUCUGAGAAAAAAAAAACGUUUUUUUGUUGAUUUGCUCCUGUCUAUGGCCAAGCAUUUAUAAUACUUAAUUUGCUGCCUGGCUUCACUAGCCAUUGUAAAAUGGUGAGUGACGCUUCUUGUAAUAAUGAGUACAAAUAAAGGUUGUUCUUGUUGCAUUUUCAACUUAACUAGAAUCAUUACUAAUUCAUACCUGUGCAUUUCUAAAAUGAUCCACAGUAGGGUUAAUGCUAUGACAAAUCUACUUCUGCAUUUGACGAAGGGAAGACCUCUCAACUCGCAAGCGGAACGUUUGUUUCCGUGGGAAGGAAGGCUGGUAAAUGACAUGAUCAACUUGUACGUUCCCGUCUUCUAACCCUCGAGGAACAAAUACAAUUAUGGUUCAGCAACCAAAGAAACUCACUUGAUGUCUUAUUUUGACGUAUAGCAAAAAGAAAAAACAGCAACAACUUGACGUAUGAAUUUAUGGUUUGACGUGAUAUUUUUGUGGCAAACCACAGUCGAUAGCAUGACAACAGGUGUUCCUUUUUUUUCACUUAGAAAAGGAAGACAAUUUUACGUGUAAAUUUAACGUCUAUCCCGUAAAGGAGAUCACGAAAUAACGUUUGAUCGACCCUGACUAUAAGAAUUCCUUUAAUUUUCAUUCAUAGGCACAACUCUUUAAUUUUAGCUCGAAAAAGCCAAGAUUUGGCAAUCACGUCUUUUGAAGUUCUGCAAGAACCGACAAUAAAUGUUUAUUUUAAAUCUACUAGUGCUGAUAUCAUGUCCUGAAACUGAGGUGGUUUGGUAGAUAUCCCAACCCUAGUUAUUAAUAAUCUGGUUAUUGUUGGUAUUAAUGCUUUGACUUUGAAUGUCAAAAGGAUAUACAAUCCCCGCUUGAAUACAGACAGUCCUCUGGGGGGUACAGCCAACAACCGAAGUGAAUCUCGCACCCAAUGAAAUUGACACCUUUCAACGACUUUGAUACCCACAUUACAGAACAAAGAAACAAACACAACUGGUAUCGGCGUUCAAGGUUCCAAAGGGUGAGACCAAAGUAUGGGCCAUUGCCACUGCAACCGUACCUCGGGACGUGAAAGUAAACAAGCACCAGGUGGAGCGCGCGAAGCUCUUCACCCAGCUUGGGAUCACGUGAUUCUCCACGUAUCUUUCCACAUUUCAAUUUAGAAGCUUGUUUUUGAAUUGAUCUCGAAGUGAGUUCUUGCUAUAUUGAUUUGCCUUAGUUUAGUCAAUGUACUAUCAUUACUAAUUCUUACCUGAGUAUUCUUCAGAUAAAUUUGUGGACUGAUCCACAGCAGGGUUCAAGUGGGUACGUAGGGAAGAUGUUCUUUCGCGCGCGAUUUGAACUUCUCUGACCAGAACAUUCUGCAGGGGAAGGAACGCCAGUAUCAUUAUGGAUCGUCUUUUUCUGCUUUUCGAACCUGAAAGACGAAUCAAUUAAUUAUGAUGAAAUAACCAAUUAGUUAACUUAAUCAAUUAAUGUAAUGGUUUGUACCCUGUCUGCUUUUGAACUCUUGUGGUAGCAAUAUUAUAUACUGUAAAAGGUAAUAAAACGCUAUUUUAAUUGUU